AGCCUAGCCGAACAGCGACGCAUUUCGGCACGCUUCGGCCCAUGACCCAUGAGUAGCCUGGCCCGCCGCCUCAUCACCCUCGCCGCGGCCAUCGCCGCAGCCGCCCUGCUCGUCGCCUCCCUCCGCCGCCGCGCGCCGACGCCCGGCCUCCCCGCCCAGCUCGUCCCCUCCUCCCACAUGGCGAGUCGCAACCGAAGCUUCGUGCUGUGGCUGCACGGCCUCGGCGACUCCGGCCCGGCUAACGAGCCCAUCCGCACCUUCUUCUCCGCCCAGGAGUUCCGCCUCACCAAGUGGGCGUUCCCCUCCGCCCCCCACGCCCCCGUCUCCUGCAACCAUGGUGCUGUGAUGCCGUCGUGGUUCGAUAUCCAUGAGCUGCCCAUGACUGCUGGUUCUCCGCAAGAUGAGAGUGGGGUUCUCAAGGCUGUGGAAAAUGUGCACGCAAUGAUAGACAGGGAAGUAGCAGAUGGUAUCCACCCUGAGAAUAUAUUUGUUUGUGGGUUUAGCCAAGGAGGUGCUCUGACAUUAGCAAGUGUUUUGCUCUAUCCAAAGAUGCUGGGCGGAGGUGCCGUUUUCAGCGGGUGGGUGCCUUUCGGUUCGUCAGUCAUUCAAAGGAUUUCACCUGAAGCAAGGAAGACACCAUUUCUUUGGUCACAUGGAAUAGCUGACAGAACGGUAUUAUUUGAAGCUGGUCAAGCUGGUCCAACAUUUUUGCAAAGUGCAGGUGUUAAUUGUGAAUUUAAGGCAUAUCCAGAUCUUGGUCACUCAAUUUCCCAGGAAGAGCUGCAUUAUCUUGAGUCAUGGAUCAGAAGUCAUCUAAAGGCCCCUCAGGAGAAGGACGGUUAAUUUAGGCCUCUGCCCCAGUAUAGCAACUUGGCGGAUGUUGCCAUGUUUAAGCUGUAUUCAAUCUUUCUGACUUUGCGUCAUUCAACUUGCUAUAUGAGACUUCUCAUAUAGUAGAUCAAUAUGUCAAAGGACAUAUGAUGGACCGAUGGACUACUUGGCUACUUGGUCCUGGAAUUUGUUUAGGUUUGGCCAACUACACCUGGAGUUGAAGUUUAAUAAAUACUCUUAUGUUUCUCUAAUUGACUCUGUCUAUUAAUACCAUCCAUCCUUGAUUCCUA